UUCAAUUCAACACUACGCUCAUACGCUGCACAAAGAACAAAAAUAAACCGAAUACACAGUCCAGAAUAACUAACUAGUCUUGUCUUGAGUAUCAAAGCCAAGCCACAUUGCAAGACUAUAAGUGUUAUAUAAUUCCUUACGAAUUAUUGUAAGGGGAAGAAUUCCGAAUCGUAACUACAUCUAAAACAUGGCUUCGACUCCAAACGUUAUUAAAUUUAUCAAAACAGAAAAUGUUUGCAGAACGUGUUUAUCUAAAGAAAUAGUACCGUAUUCAAUAUUUGAUGUUUACUCUGAAUCGAUUACUUUCGACUUUGUUAUAAGCGUAAUAACAGGCAUAAAGAUUGAACCAGGUGAUGGGUUUCCAUCAAAUAUAUGCCAGAAGUGUAAGGAGAAAGCCAUCAGUGCAUUUGAUUUUAGAAAAAAAUCUCAAGAAACCAAUUCUGCACUACAGACUCUGAUAAAGAAAGCUAUAAAUAUAACAUCACAUGAAGUUAAAGAAGAGCAGCCAGCUGAUGAUAAUGAUGAUGGCUUGGAUAUUGACUUUUCUCUGCCCGACACACCUGAAAACUGUAGCGAGUUAGACAUAAUUAAAAAUGAAAAUGAGGGUGAUGUUGGUCAUCAAUGUAACCAGCAGUGUAAAAAUUGCCUUCCUAUGUUUGAUACAUCGGCUAGACAUAAAGAAAGCCUAGAUAAAAAAUUUGUUAAGGUGGAAUAUGAAGAUGAACAGGGUACAUACUGUCCGCUUUGUGGUACAUGUUAUGAAAAUUCGGAUGAUUUAACAAAACAUAUGUGGACGAGUCAUGCUGAUCUUAUGGGACCAAAGAAGAGAGGUAGACCAAGAAAGUUGCUUACCAGUACUAUAAUAAACAAAUUAUCGGAAAAUGGUUGUCAAAUAAAAUCCAGCCCUAUUAAAACAAAGAGCUGUAUAUUCUGUAAGGAUGAAUUUAAAACUCAAUUAGAGUUAAGUGGGCAUAUGAUGGAACACAAAGGUACAAAGAUUCAAUGCUGCAUGCUGUGCAAGAAGAUGUAUCUUAACACAUUGAAUUUUGAGCAACACAUCUGUUUUGAUGCAAGAAAUAAUUGUCAUAAAAUAAUAAAUGAACAUGAAACAUUAAGUAUUCCGAGUAACAAUGCCAAAGAUCUCAACUAUUUAACUGAGGUAUUGCUUCAAGACCUGUUAGAUCCAAGUGGUGAUAUGGAAAACAUGAAUACUCUUGAAGUAUGCAGUAUUUGCAGUAGAGUGUUUUUAUCGGAAAGUGAUCUUACUAGCCACAAUGAUGCUGAACAUCCAGAACUCUCACAGCGCUGCAAUCUUUGUAGCAAGGUAUUUGCAUCAGUAAAAUCUGCCGCCCGCCACAGGAAUAUAUGCAAGCAAGUAGAAAGAAAAUACAUUUGUAGUACUUGUGGGCUUAAAUUUGCUUACGAGAUUUCUUUAAAUAAACAUAUAUUACGUUAUCACGAAGGGCAAAGUGUUUCAGUAAAGUUUAUGGAUCCUAAAACAAAGUUGGACGAGAGACAAUAUCAAUGUGAUACUUGUAAAAGAAGUUUCUAUAGAAAAGAUUUACUUGCUAGGCAUACCAAACAGCAUAUGGCGAGUGAAAAACUGUUUGAAUGUGAUGUGUGUAAAAAGAAGUUUCAUAGAAGAGACAAUUUACGUUCCCACAAGCGCGUCCACGAGGUGCACCGCGAUAAAAGCGCCAGCAACAACUGCUUGUGUCUGUACUGCGGGCGCAGUUUCUCCAACUCCUCCAACCUGAUCGUCCACAUGAGACGACACACCGGCGAGAAACCUUACAAAUGCGACUUUUGUGGCAAAGGUUUUCCCCGGUCAUCGGAUCUGCAAUGUCAUAGACGUUCGCAUACAGGAGAGAAACCAUGUAUUUGUGUGGUUUGUGGAAAAGGAUUCUCGCGUAGCAACAAACUGUCACGUCAUAUGCGAGUACAUACUGGUCACAAACCGUAUAAAUGCACGUAUUGUGACAAGGCCUUUUCGCAGAGCAACGAUCUCACACUGCACGUGCGCAGGCACACUGGCGACAAGCCGUACAUCUGCGAAGUGUGUGGUGACCGAUUUAUUCAGGGAACCUCAUUACACAACCAUCGUCGCGCUCAUGGUCACUUUCCAGCGGCGUCGUCCGGUCCACAUUCGAAUGUCCAAGGACUUACGUAUACCUCCGUCACACCUCACGGCUAAACAUAUACCAAUAUUGCCAAUCACCAGGGUGAUUCAUGAGACAAUAUAGGCGUACAGUCACCGGCAUAAAUAAGUGAUGAUUUCUAUACCUUGUCUUAUUACUUUUUUGUAAGCACAAAUUAAUCAUCUGCAGUCAUCAACUCUCCACCAAUAAAAAUAAAACCUCUAAGGCCCACUUGCACCAAUCACUUAACUCAGGGUUAGUGGGCUGUCAUCUGUCAAAUUCCAUGUAAAAUGGUCAUUUUAUAUGGAAUUUGACAGAUGACAGCCCACUAACCCUGAGUUAAGAGGUUGGUGCAAGUGGGCCUUAAACAGUUAUUCCACCUGGCGUUUGGAAUGGUAUAAUACUUUGUUUGUUUGUACUUUUUCGAUUGACAAGCAUUUAUGAAAAAAAUGAUUUGUAUGAUAAACCCAUUUAAACAUU